AUGAGGGAGGCAAAUGAAGCUGCUGCUUUACAGGAGAGCAUCCAAAAGUGGCGCACCACAGAAGAGUAAAUAAAGAGUGAGGAGUGACAUGAAUGCGUCUCAUUGAGGGAAUGAGGAGCCUGGGUCUUUGAGCUCCUGCACAAAUAAUUACAGAGCACAUCAUCGCUUACUACUGCUCGACUGCUCCUUUCGUCCACGGGCCAGGAUGAAUGACAUUCAGGAGGCCACCUCCCCCGCCACCAGCCUCGGUGGCCCGGCGACCUGCGUCUCCAAAGUAGAGCUGCGGGUGUCUUGUAAAGCUCUACUGGACCGUGACACUCUGAAUAAGUCGGACCCCUGCGUGAUCCUCAUGGUGCAGACCAACGGACAGUGGACAGAGUUGGACAGGACAGAAGUGAUCAAGAGCAACUUGCACCCCGUCUUCGCGAAGGUUUUCUCGUUGGAUUACUACUUUGAAGAGGUCCAGAAGCUACGAUUCGAAGUGUACGACAUCCACGGCACUCACAGCAUCGGGACGCGUGACGAUGACUUCUUGGGCGGGGUGGAGUGCACGCUCGGUCAGAUUGUGGCCCAAAAGAAGAUGGUGAAGCCUCUACUUCUAAAGUAUGGAAAAUAUGCUGGCAAAUCCACCAUCACGGUGCAUGCGGAGGAAAUUUCCGGUAACAACGGCUAUGUGGAGCUGUCCUUCUGUGCCAAGAAACUUGACGAUAAGGACCUUUUCAGCAAGUCUGACCCCUUUUUGGAAAUAUAUCGUAUCAACGAUGAUGAAACGGAGCAGCUUGUUCACAGAACUGAGGUUAUAAAGAACAACCUCAAUCCUGUUUGGGAGCCAUUCAAAGUGUCUCUUAUAUCGCUGUGCAGCUGUGAUGAGGAGAGGAGGCUUAAGUGCCUAGUGUGGGAUUACGACUCCAGAGGGAAGCACGACUUCAUUGGAGAGUUCUACGCCACUUUCAGAGAAAUGCAGAAAAUCUCCAGCGGAAAUAAGGUGACGUGGGAUUGUGUGAAUCCCAAGUACAAACAGAAGAAAAGGAACUAUAAAAACUCAGGUGUUGUCAUCUUAAAUGAUGUCAAGCUCCAUAGAGUUUACUCCUUCUUGGAUUACAUCAUGGGAGGAUGCCAGAUUCACUUUACGGUCGCCAUUGACUUCACAGCCUCCAACGGAGACCCCAGGAACAGCUGCUCUUUACACUACAUCAACCCCUACCAGCCUAACGAGUACCUGAAGGCUCUGAUAGCUGUGGGCGAGAUCUGCCAGGACUACGACAGUGACAAAAGAUUUUCAGCCUUGGGGUUUGGGGCCAGAAUCCCUCCAAAUUAUGAGGUAUCUCAUGACUUCGCCAUCAAUUUCAAUCCAGAAGAUGAUGAAUGUGAAGAGAUCCAAGGAGUGGUUGAGGCAUACCAGAACUGCCUUCCUAAAAUCCAGCUGUACGGCCCCACCAAUGUUUCUCCCAUCAUUAACAGGAUAGCCAAGCUGUCAGCUGGCGACGGCAACAUUAAAGACGCGUCUCGGUACCACAUCCUGCUCAUCCUCACUGAUGGCGUGGUGACAGAUAUGGCGGACACGCGCGAAGCCAUCGUGCGGGCCUCCUCCCAGCCUCUCUCCAUAAUAAUUGUUGGGGUCGGCAACGCAGACUUCACAGACAUGCAGAUUUUAGACGGCGAUGACGGUGUCUUGCGCUCACCGAAGGGCGAGCCGGUCCUCAGGGACAUCGUGCAAUUCGUGCCCUUCCGGGAUUUCAAGACGGCUUCACCAGCAGCGUUGGCCAAAUGUGUCCUGGCAGAGGUGCCCAAGCAGGUUGUGGAGUACUACAGCCAUAAGGCCAUCCCCCCUAUGUGUCCAGCGAGGGACUCGCCCACACCCAUCCUCACCCCGGUUGCCACCAGCCCGACAGAGUAACCCCUAAACAAGUCCUGAACUGUGACAGCGGCACCUGUCCCUCAAACUGAGACAGGGGAGAGGGAGGACUGCCUCCUGGGAUAAGAUGAGAAAAAAAAAAUCCUCAACAUCAUUUAUUCCACUCCUACAGAAGAUUGUCUCGACUUUCCACCAGGGCCUGUGAGUUACGUUUUUCCGCUCGGUGUGGAUUCGCCACAUCACCCUGGCUUUGCAACGGAACCAUCCCAGCUGAAUCAGCAUCUGAAGGAUUAUAUUUCUUUGUCUUGGCUUUGUGCAUGCCAGCCAAUCUGUCAUCCAUUAAUCACAGACGGAGGACUGAUAUUCAUCACCGGUGCUGAAAUACAGCCUCUUAGUUUUUGUCUCAUUUAUUUUCAUUUCUGCCAGUAUCAUCAUUUAACAAUAUAUUACAAAGAGUAACACAAGCAAUCAGGCUGUGAUACAUUCAUCACAAUGAAAGCUGAUGCAGUUCCUAUUGUGGGCAUGCGACACUGACCUGUCAUCACAUGUACUGGAAUGUGUUUGGCUUCAUUUAAGGACACUAUUUCUUGAUCAAAUCUUCACGAGGAUGACACGUUAAAAUGAUCCACUCGGCGGGGUUCACAAAGGUCAUGCUUACAAAGUCCAGAAAUGGAUCAAUUAAUAACACUGCUUGACCUUUUGUGGUCAUCAGUAUUAAUCACCUACUUCCCAGUUCAUUGGACCAUCAAACAUUAUCACCGAUAUCACCAUCAUCACUGAUUUGUCACAUGUCGUGAUUAUCUUCAUCUGCCUGUGAAACUGCCUCUGGCCUACGGACAUAAAAACAUGACAUUUCCCAACGAUUUGUAACUUUGUCAAGUGGCUAAUAUAUUGUAAGUAUUGUUUACAUUCGCUCAACCUUUACGGUAGUAGACGUCUUUCUGCAACUUUGUUGUUUCACCGAUCAGAUUCGUUGAAAGCACAAAGCCGAGCUGCAACACAAACAGAAAAUUGAAUACGAUUAUAUUCACUAGUGUGCAUAUAAGAAGAGAAUAUAUGUACGUGUUACAGUUCUUUAUAAAUAGUCUACACAACCCUGUUUAAAGGCCAGGUUUUUUGUUGUAUAUAAAAAAAAAAAAAUCAUAUCAAAACCUUUUCCCACAAUGAAUGUGACCUAGACCCUGUACAACUAAUUUUUUAUUGUCUUUUCGAGAGUGGAAGUAAAAAUAAACAACUGAAAUAAUGUGAUUGCACAAGUAAGCACAACGUCUUACAACUAGGAUGUGACUCUAUUCAGAAUUACCCACUCACAUUCAAACUCAUGUUAAAAAGGUGUCAGCACACACCUGCCAGGAUUUAACGUGGCUCUUAUUAUUAACCCAAUGCAUUUCGGGUGUUCUGGGAGGCUUUUGUGCUAACACUGACUCCCAUUUAAUAUGCAAUGCAAUUGGUUAAUUCUGAACACAGCCACAUCCCAGUGGAAUUUAUCUUGGUCUCAUUUUUUUCCCAUAAAACCAGGCAUUUGAACAGGGGUGUGUCGACUUGUUAAAUCCACUGUAUAUAGGUCAUUUUCUUCUAUUAUCAUAUUAAACACCAUGUAAUGAUAGCACAGGCCGCCAAGCAAGGUGCUACACUGCUCGGAGGGAGCGGUUUAAAGCAAAGAUGCAAUGAUAGCGAACCUGUGAGAUGUCUGGGAUUGAACCAGAAACUCUGAUUACAAAAUUACAUGUAUACCUCCUCAGCCGUGGCGUGGAAAAAAGUAAAAAAAAAAAAAAAAAAGCAGUUUCCCAAAAAGUUCAUUUUGGGCGUAAAAUGUUUUUGUCUCUUGUGAAUGGAACCCAUAUCCCAUCAUUGAAUAUCCCAAUGUGCAUUACAAAACAAAAUGCUUGAACAUCUGAACAUGAAGUCAACUAACAUUGUUUCCAAUACACAUUUUUUCAUAAGGAUUGAGUCGUAUUUUGUAACAAAAAUGAAUGCGCUCAUUACUGGAAAACUGACACAGUAUUUGUUGUUUGGUUGGCUUUAUACACUGCACAAAAAACGUAACCCUUUUUUUUUUAACUCCCAUUUUUCAUCAGCUGAACUUAAAUAUCUAAGACUUUUUCUACGUACACGAAAGACCCACUUCUAAUUUUUCCCAUUCCUGACCAACGUCAAAUGCCAGACAAUGUUUUAUAAGAUUAUUCUUUAAGAGUAUCCUUGUGGCACGGUGCCCCACUGGUUAGCACAUCUGCCUCGCAGUUCUGAAGACCCACGUUCAAAUCCGGUUUCCUCCCACAUCCCAGAAACAUGGACUGGUAGAUUCAUUGAAGACUCCAAAAUUGCCCGUAGGUGUGAAUGUGAGUGGUUGUUUGUCUCUAUGUGCCCUGCGAUUGGCUGGCGACCGGUUCGGUGUGUACCCCGCCUCUCGGGCAGAGUCGACUGGGAUAGGCUCCAGCAUACCGCUGACCGUAGUUAGGAUAAGCGGUGCGGAAGAUUUAUGGGUGGAUUAUCCUUAGGAGUUUAUUUGUCCCAAUUUUAGGGUCCGAAACAGGUCGGUGUCUUAAAUAAUGAACGUGUUCAAUUUUUACAACCACAACUCUUCAUGUAUGUUGGCAAAGCUGUCGUCUCCCCGAGUCGUGACGCCGUGAAUUGUGACGUGCAGAAUCGUCGUGAUAGACAAUCACGACGUGCCCUGACUCAGCAAAAGGAAAAGACCCAAAAUAAAAACACUUUUCCCACUUUUCAUCAUUAGCUCCUCUGGAGCUCCCGCAGCUCUCCCUUGAUGCACUCUUAUCGACUGGUGGAUACACAACGUACACGUACACAAGCAUGCGGUGUUGUUGGACUGCUUUGAAGAAGCCAACUGUGGAGGGCUGGCCUGUCACACACAGGAAAACUAUUGAUCCAGUGGGCCUCGAUAUGGACCUGUACCAAUGUAAAUGAUCCUAAAGGAAGUAUGGCCCUGUAACAAAAAAACAAAACAAAAAAAACAACAACAACAAAAAUGCUUCAUGUGAUUGGCGUGCAAUACUGCGGGAUGGGAUGGGGAAAAAAAGAGAAUGAAAAACAACACAACUGGAGUAAACAUCAAUCACAAUUCAUGGAAAGAGCUUGUCUUGGCUUAUCUCAGCAUGUCAGCACAAUGCUACGCUUGUGUAAAAAGUUUCAAUCUGUGCGUUACAAUUUCCACAAGCGAGUGUCACUACCAAAUGGUAAUCAGAGAGCUGAGGAAUAUUGUCAAAACGUUUUAUCUCAGUUACCAGCUUGCCGCUCGUUCAUAAACGUCGAGCGUCAAGUCAGUGGUGAAGGAUUGCAAACACGUAUUCAAGGGUUGCUCUUGUUCAAAUCUGCACCGAAAUUUCAAAUAGUCAUAUAUCACAAAUGAUAAUGAGGACAUACUGCAAGCAUUUUAACAAACAUGAACAAUAGUUGAAAAACCCCAUUACCCCUGAUUUCUGAUUCCAAAACUAGUUCAUAAAUUCCACGUGCAAAUAUGAUGAGGCGAUUAAAGAUUUUUAUGGUUGCACGGUCAUAACGGCCCUCUGAGGAAAACCGUAACUACAAUAUGGCCCGUGACAAAAAUGAGUGUGACACCCGUGCUUUCGAGGUUCCACUGUAAUGACACUGACAUGAGCUUGGUUUUCAAGCAUUUUGAUGCAUUUCUCAUUAGGACACUUCCCUUUUACCACACGCAGCUGCUACUGUCCAGAACAAGGUUUACAGUUCAUAACACCAAUAUGCAACAUUCCACAUGGUUAAGAAAACAAUCCAGGCGUCAUGAGUGAAUAUUUGACUUUUUUUAAAAGAAGGAAAUAAAGGGACUUUGUGCAUGCUUACUUCGAUUGUUAACCUGUGCUGUGUUGUCUUUUCUUUUGACUUGAUGUGUGUGUGAUUUGCAAGCCUGCAUUUGCACAAACGAUGU